AUGCUGGUGGAAAUUCUGGAGGAAUCAAUAAAAAAUUUUGGCGAUUUGUCCAAGCUGAUAGAGAUUGUAGUAGUGUUGCAGUUAAAGGAGAAGAAGCGAAAAGAUAUAGUUAUAAGUGGGAAUUGCGUACUGAGGAAAUCUCGAAAGUGCCAGAAAGAUGAUGUAGAUCAAGUCCUUUACUUCCUUUCACAAGAGUAUUACGAAGGACUUGCUGAACAAGCCAGCCAAGCUGAAGCUGAUGCUCAAUCUUUGAAGAAAAACUUGGCUAAGUUAGAAGCCGAAAGAGACGGUAAACUUUUGUUGAUGAAUCUUAUUGGAGCUGCAAACGAGGCUAACUAUCAUGCUCAGAGGCUUUCUCUGUCUCUAUCAAACUGCACUACAGUUUUGCCGGUCGCCGAAAGACGAACAACACUGAAUAACUCUAAUCAGUGA